CAUCUGCAUCUUUUAAUUCAUGUGAUUCAAAGUUACCGCUUAAUAUUAUCAUUAUUUGAUUUUAAUAUUCCAAUUAAAACUGCCCAUUGAUAUUAUUCAAUUUUGGAUAAUUAAUAUUCUCAUGCUGUUAAUUAGUCUACAGGUGUGUUGUACAACACUGGAUCAAAUGUAAAUGUAAUUAUGUUUUUUGUGCCAUCGACUCUUAUCCAUUUAUGUAAUGUCGCUCUCUACAACCCAAAGUAAACAAUGUUCAUGACUUCGUUAAAAUCAACCCGAUAUUUUCAAUUUUCAAUGAUUGGUUGAACAUUACAUCGCGCAACAUUUUGUUUCAUUCCAGCCUUUUAGGCAUUCAAGAUGAGCUAAUGGUGAAACCAAAUCAACUUGCCCUAAUUUUAGAUCAACCUAGAAACUAUUCUUGAUUAACGUAUUGAGCUGAUCAUGGUUGAAGUUUAACCCAAGCAUUAUAAAAUUAGUCGUUAAUAACUUAAAUAACUGGAUAACUCUAUUUUUACAUCAACAUGCAACAAAUGCAGCUACAAGAGAUUGAAAUUACUCAAUCCACCUCUUCAGCUGUUAACUCUCAAAGAAACUUGAUUUUGGUAAUCGGAUUAUAAGAUUUAUCCGCUGGAGUUUUUUGAGAAGUUAAAUCGCACGAUUAACAAGAUUAUUCGGAAGCCAUAAUUUUAAUCAGCAAAAUUAUUUGGUCAUCAUUAAUUGACCAACACUUGUCAUUGACCAACGAUCCAUAAACAUCUCCAAGAUGUCCUCCAUCAGGAUAAAGGAAAACCCUCAACCCACCUGACUUUUUUUGUUACUUGUAUCUGCAACAAUGACUAGAAACAUGGCAGUUGACUAGAAUAGCUAUCCAUACAUUCAGACGCUACCAAACCCACAACGUAUUUCGGUUCUUCUUCUAUUUGGUACCGUAUCUGUCAUGAUUUCACUUGCCGUACCAUUUUCAAAGCCAAUAUCAGAAGGAAAAUUUCUCACCUUUUUUGGACAUCUUUUCCCAGCUUUCGAAUCAAGUUGACCCAAAACACUGUUAACCAACCAAUGUGCAAAAAUUGACCUGGAAACAAAAAGAAGAUUAUAUGCAUCAAGUGUAUUAAAUGCCUUGAAGCAUUAUCCCGUCCUUUCUCUUGCACAGUUUUACUCAAUUUCCUUCCCUUCCCUCCUACUCCUAUUCUCUCCCUUUCUCUCAUUAGUUUCUCUCUCUAUAUUUCUUUCUCAACCAUUUUUCUCCUUUUCUCACUUCAUUAUCAUCUUCAUUGUUUAACCAAGAAAUUACAAAAACAUCAAUUCAAGGAAAGUUUCCUGUUGAUUUCAGUUCCUACAUUGAUAUUCAUUCUGUGCCUUGAAGAGGAAUCGUAUAACUAAUAAUUUCGUCAUCUUAUAUCUUACAAGAAUGACUUCCAUUAGUUUAAACAAUGAUGGUAACCAUCAUCAUCACCAUUAUCACCAAAAUUCGUUUCAUUUACAACAGAUUCAAAAUCAACAAUCGAUUACUAAUCAAAAUCCUAAUAUCUUGUGUUUCCAACAUUGUGAUACUCGAUGUAAAAUCUUUUCUUUCAAGCUACCAGAUCGAUGUCCUCUUUGUUCAACACAGUUAACUCCAAAUACUCAAUUGAUUUUGCCACCAUUUCAAGUUCCAUUUCCAUUGACAAGUCAUAAAAGGAUUACUACCUCAAUUAUAAUUCGUCCCACCGAGGGUGACUUUCUUCAUAAUUACCAAAACUCUGCUGAUCUACAUAUUGGCUUGACUGAUUCAAAAGGAGAUGUCUAUGAAUAUGAUAAAAACGGAGUUCAUAUUGGGUCACAAAAUCUUCUUUGGAUUGAUUGCCUUGCCAUCCCAGUGAUUGAUCCUGUUUCCCAGUCAUGGAAAGAUUAUUGGGACUCAACAUUAAAAGUACUGGUGCAGAUGCCCAUCUGGACUGCAGAUAAUUACACACAAGAUGAUAAUAAUUGUUAUACAUUUGUUCUCACCUUUUUACGGCUUUUGAAAAUCAAGCAACUUCGACCUUCUUUAGCUAGUAAAACACAAUUCUGCAAAGACUUCAUCAUCCCAAGAACUAAGGUAGCAGCCAAGUAUAUUGCUCUGUAUCGUCAAAUACGUCGAGAUUCAAUUGCAGUGGUUAAAACUCAAGGAACAUGAUAAUUAAUAUCUAUCAACCGUUUCAGUUGGUUUCGAAUCAUAAACUCCUCAACUAAUUCUUUGUUCUCAUGGUUAUAAUCUCAUGCUUCUCUUAUAAUUUAAUAUGUCACUAUUUUUUUACACAUUUUGAAUAGAAUAAAAAUAGACUUAUUCAGUAAUAUCUGAAACCAUAAA